UGACAAAUGGCGCAUUCGAGCCACAGAACACGUUUGACACACGUCAGUACAAUGACAGUAGAUUCCAAACACACUGGGAAUUUAAAAUAAAUAAAGCUCAUUGGGGCCAAGGGAUAAGAAAUUCCACAAUUUGAAGCGAUUAGCGAAGGCCAUCAAUGUGAAACUAUCCAUAAAAUGCCGGCUUCAAUUGGUGUGAAUCUUCGGGUAACGGGGAACUGUCGUCAAGGUGGCCGUAAAUAUAUGGAGGAUUGCUUUUCGGUGGCUUACCAGCAAACUGAAGACGAAAAGGACUUGGAGUAUGCAUUUUUUGGCAUCUUCGAUGGGCAUGGGGGCGUGGAGGCGGCUGGUUAUGCCAAAGAGCAUCUCAUGGAGACCAUCAUCAAGCACAAGAACUUCUGGAGUGAUGAUGAUGAAGAGGUACUGAGAGCUAUCAAGGACGGCUUCAUAGCUACACACUAUGCGAUGUGGCGGGAACAGCCCAAGUGGCCCAAGACGGGCUCGGGUCUGCCCAGUACCGCUGGAACCACCGCCUCUGUUGCCUUUAUACGAAGAGGCAAGAUUUACACGGGGCAUGUUGGAGACUCUGGAGUGGUUUUAGGAUAUCAAGUGCCAGGGAGCAGCGAAUGGCGAGCGAAACCUUUAACCAAAGACCACAAGCCUGAGAGCCCAGACGAAAUGAAGCGGAUCCAGAGUUGCGGAGGAAAAGUGGUGGCAAAAUCAGGGGUACCGCGCGUGGUUUGGAACCGGCCCAAAAUAGGGCACCUGGGUCCAGUGCGGCGCAGCACCCCUAUUGAUGAGAUACCGUUCCUUGCGGUCGCGCGCAGCUUGGGCGACUUAUGGUCGUACAAUUCUCAGCUGAAUGAGUUUGUGGUAUCGCCAGAGCCGGAUUGCUCAGUAUUACCAAUCGAUACUUCCAUCCAUCGGUGCCUGAUCUUCGGCACGGACGGCCUUUUUAACAUGCUCAGCGCCUCAGCUGCCGUUCACAUCGUCCAACAGGCCGAACGGCACAAUGAGUGCGAGGCUCUGAACAACAUCAGCAGCAAAGUGUGGCUCAAUCCCAGCAAACUGUUGGUUGAGCGCGCCCUGGAAAGGUGGCACACGACGCAUAUGAAGGCGGACAACACGUCGGCUGUUACUUUAAUGUUGGACCCGCCGGGGCCGCCACGGGCCCAAGUGCUGCAGACCCUCAAGCGAAACCUGCCGGAGAAUGGGUUAAAAAUAAUGACCAGGUACGAAUUCGAGCCUGCUCCCCAAGAAAAUGCACAAACCGCCAAGGAAACCAGCACUGACAUCAGCGCAUCUGAACCUGCUGCAGCUAAGCUCGACGCAACAGCGCCGUUGCUCACCAAUCCACUGCCGGAGUUGGAGAGUACGGAAGCUAAAAGCCAAGAAUCGGAUGCAAUCAGUAGCCAUUCCGCCCCGGUUGAUCAGUGCAGCAGCUUACCGCUAAAGGAGCGCAACAGUGGGCCGAAGUUGCUGCGCGAGAGCACCAGCUUCGACCCGCGGGACCCUUGCAGUCCUGCAGACGUGGACAAAGAGAACAACACCCAGCAAUCCCAGGACGAAUCCAUUCAAAUCAACGAGAUAUCGAGUAGCAAUAUUGAAGAAUCCAGCGCCGAGCAGGAUGAACCCGCGAGCACCGCUGAGCCGCCGAACGUUGGAUCGCGACGCGCAAAACGCCCCGCUUUGGCCCAAGAAAAGCCCGUCAAAUCGGCCAAGCGCAAAUUAAUGCACGACUCCUUCCACAAGCAGCGGAAGAGUUUGAGGCUGACGCUGACUCAGAAGUUCCUCGACGAGGCCAAAAAACCGGCCCCGUGCACACUGGCCGAAGAGAAACUGAAGAAGCUGGCCGAAGAGGCCGAGAAGUCGAAGACAUCCCCGCAGGCAGUGGAGGCCAGGACGAGGGCCGGCCGCGAAAAGGAUCUGAGUCUCACGCAGAAGGUCUUAAACCGCAAAAAGGCGCUGAUGAAGAAAAAGUCUCUAGCCAAGGCCGAGUUGAAGAAGAGCAAACUGAAGCUGAUCUUCGACAUGGUGGUGGCCAAGAGCGGCAAGCGAAAGCUGGCGCAGAAGCCCAAAGAAACGUCGGUCGAGGAAAGUAGGGCAGCGCAGAAAGCGAGCAGGAGCCGCAAAGGCAAGCCAGACGACUCACAAAUCGCUCAGCAGAGUUCAGAGGGCGGCGCGGCCAAGCGCUCAGUGAAAAAGCCGGUGAAGAGCAAAACUGUGCUGACAGGCAAACUGUCCAACCUCAAAAGGAUAUCGCUGAGAACAGCGGCGCAAAAGACGCCCAGCAGCGAUAAGCCGCCUGUUUGUGAACCAUCCGCAACGAGUCCGGUUAAGGAGCCUUUGGAGAAGCGGAUGAAGUCGCUGCGAGUUCUGUGUAGUCGCGAGAGCCUCAACUGGCCGCUUCAGGCCACUUUGCGCACAUCCAAGCGGAUACAUGUUAACAAGAGCGAAGCCAAAGAGAAUAUUAGGGCGAAGGGUGCUGUUGCCAAGCAGGGGCAGCUGGAAAAGAGCAAAUCCUCAAAACUGAGAAAAUCCAGGUAAGUGGCGCCCGUUUGCUUUGGCAUGUUGUGCAUCGGAUGCUCCCGAUCGGAGCCUCUCUGCAGCUCCAUUUCCAUUCACAAUAUGCCAGUAGAAUGCGUGUACAGGAUUUACUACGGUCUCAAUGUACCUAAACCUAGUUUAUUAUUUAAAGCUAUAAUUUAUAUUCCGCAAUCGGAAUAUAGGUAGUUAAUGGGGUUCUUUGACCAGCAGGCUCUUCAUCAAUUGACUCAUUGGGCGCGGAAACGGUGUUAAUUUUUCUAUUAUUGUACAUUUCCAAUGAGUCGAUUGUUGCACAGUCCUGGACCAGGCUAAUUUUUAAUACCAUGGGUUUUAUGUAUCGAUUAACCCAGAACGUUUUUAUUUUUCGGGUUUAUUCAGGUUAUUUUUGUAUAACAGUACUGCUACUGUUUGGCUAAUUGAAAUCAAUCUAUAGUUCGGUUUUGGAUGCUUGCAUUUUACACUAGUAACUACCAGGCCUUGGUGCUUCGCAUCAGUAAACAGUUUUAUUUUUUAAUCGAAUGAUGCUGCGCCUUUUUAAAUGGGGGCUUUUGCCUCAAAAUAUACUUUAUUGCUCAGCCAAGGUACACAAAUUUCUUGGGAUUUGUCCCGAAAUUGAAUCGAUGCGAUCGUUCGCCUCAGCAUCCACAGCUUUCAAUGUCCAUUAAUUUGAUCAGUUUUGCCUUGUUUGGCUGCAAUGGUUUGCUGAGGCAAUCGCUCUGUUUUCCUAUAAAUUUGUUUGAUAUUUCUAAAGGCGUAGAAGGAAGAAAGUUGCGGGUUUUAUGACAUGGCUUUCGAGGGAAAAGUGCGUUUUAUUUCACAUAUCUUUACGGGAAAGUUUUAAGAGUCAUCGUGCCUUUUGUUACCAAAAAAGAAGAAUAUAUGAAACAACAUGUUUACGCAUCUGUAAGAGAACUAUAUUUGUAAGAGAUUUAUUAUUUUCUCAGAAAUAAACUUUACAGUUAA